AUGGGCACGAUUCGCCCUCGUUUUCUGCUCGCACUCGUCCUCGUGGCGUCUUUGAACUUCCUCGCGGUUUUCGCCGCGCUCCCUCCGGAUAGAUACUACGAUGCGAGCGAGCCCGCCGGUCUCGAGGAAGCACACGACGCGCGCGCGCUCUUAGAGGCCGAAAGCGAGGCUGCAUUUGACGCCGUUGACUGGGUUGAAUCCGAUAACUCGGAGGAUCCGCGAAUCCUGGCGGAUGUGGCGGCGGACUUGAAGCAGUCGUCGGACGACUUGAGCGGCGCCGUGAAGAAAUCUCUCGGGCAGGCGGGGAGGAACGUGCGCAACUCGAUCGGGUCCAUGAUCGGAGUCCCGACCAAUAAGGGAAAGAAGAAGCACCAGCACCGCGGCGGGAAGAAGCACCAGCACCGCGGCGGGAAGAAGCACCAGCACCGCGGCGGGAAGAAGCACCACCACCGCCCAACCGGGCCGGCGGGAGCUGGUAAGCGGCGCAGCUCGGGCGCAGCCCCCAAGACGUCCGCUGCUCCCGCUGCUGGCGCGCCGGGGCUUCCCAAGAAGCAGGCGGGAGCAAAGGACACCUCGGGCGCAGCACCCAAGCCCCUCGCUGCUCCCGCUUCUGCAAACGAUCCGCGCGCGCUCCUCGAGGCGGCCGACAGCGAUGCGGCCUUGUUUGAAUCCGUUGACUCGGUUGACUUUGAGGACCCGCGUGUGCUCCGUACGAUUGAGGAUGUGGCGGCGGACGUGAAGCAGUCGUCGGACGACUUUAGCGGCGCCGUGAAGAACUCUAUUGGGCGGAUGGGGACGAACAUGCGCAAUUCGUUCGAAAGGAUGACCCGACCUGGCAGGUUCGACGGGGUGACCAAGCCGCGCACCAAGCCUGGUGUGCAGUCUUUCACGAAGCCGGUCACCAAGCCUGGCUCGAAGCCGGUCACCAAGCCUGGUGUGAAGCCUGGCUUGAAGCCGGUCACCAAGCCUGGUGUGCAGCCUUUUAAGGAGAGGUUCAGAUGGCCUGGUGUGCUGCCUGGCUCGAAGCCGGUCACCAAGGCUGGGGUGUGA